UCUGCCCCUAAAAAUGCCCAGACACAGUUCGCUAUGUGGUCACGUGAUGACGUCGCAACGGGUACUUAGAAAGUCAGUGACACUGCAACCUCUCCCAGCUGUCCUUCUAGCUCACGCUUGUUAUCUACUUCAUGACCGCCAUACCAAACAUGGUUCAACUGAGUAGAGUUUGCCUCCGGAAAUAUGGACAUUUUGUGGACAACAUCCGCCUGUAUGUCCGCGCAGGCACAGGUGGUAUGGGUUUGCCUCGCCUUGGGGGGUACGGAGGACAGGGUGGAAAUGUCUUUGUGGUCGCCACAGAGAACAUGACAUUGAAGAGGAUCAAAGACAAGCACCCUCAUAAACGGUUUCUAGCCGGCGUAGGAGCAAACAGCAGUGUCCGUUCCCUGAAAGGUGAAAGCGGAAUGGACAAAGAGAUUUUGGUUCCAGUGGGUGUCACAGUCACCACAGAUAAAGGCAAGAUAAUUGGAGACCUUAAUGCAAAGGGUGAUCGUUUGAUGGUGGCCAAAGGAGGACACGGAGGUUCUUUGUCCUCUGCUUUUCUGCCCAGUAAAGGCCAAUCAAGGCAGAUAAAAUUAGACCUCAAACUCAUCGCUGACAUGGGCCUGGUUGGGUUCCCAAAUGCGGGCAAGUCGUCCCUGCUGACAGUUUUGUCUAAUGCCACCCCUCAGAUAGCCAAUUAUCCUUUCACAACGUUGCAGCCUGAGAUUGGUAAAUUACUAUAUGACGACCACAAGCAGAUCUCAGUCGCGGACCUCCCAGGUUUGAUUGAAGGUGCACACAUGAACAAAGGAAUGGGACACAAGUUCCUUAAGCACGUGGAGAGAACCAAGUACCUUCUCCUUGUGGUUGAUGUUUGCGGAUUCCAGCUCGCGAGUCAAACAGCGUUCAGGUCGACCUUUGAAGCGGUGCAGCUUCUCACUAAGGAGCUAGAGUUGUACAAGGAGGAGCUUGUGAACAAACCAGCACUACUGAUAGUCAACAAGAUGGAUCUGCCGUAUGCUGAAGAGAACCUGGAGCAACUAAAAGAGCAGCUACUAAACCCAGAAUAUUACUGCAGGACAUUGCUGCCCACUGACUUGAUACCAAAGGGUCACAUGACAUUCAGGCACGUGGUUCCUGUCUCCGCUACUACCGGGUUUGGUGUGGACCGAUUGAAAGGUUUAAUUCGGGAGUCGCUCCAGGAGGUAGACGCCAUGGAUACUGAGCCCUUCCGUCAGGAAAGACUGCAGCUGCUGACGCGAUCACUGUAGUUAGUGUUACAUUAAAAUCAUGUUAUUAGUCCUUUAAAGGGGUCAAAUUAUAAUUAUUUUUCUACAUUUAAAAAUCUUCUGUGCUGUCUUCAUAGUAUUUAAUGGUGUUGCGUGGAUUAUUUUUAUGGAUUAUAUUCAAGGCGCUUUCUGACCAUCUCUUCAGGAUGUCCUGUUUUGUGGGCGAUCUUAUUUAUGUGACUUCAACUCGGUUGCGUCUUCUCCCCAUGUUUGAUAUAGUUUUAAGCGCUCCCAUAUGGAGUCUACUUACAGAUAUUACUUUAAACUAUACACUACUAUGGAGGUAUGGUUUUAUUAGAAAUGGCAACAGCGGAUAAAGCAUGUUCAUGUACGAGACAUCAAUGAAGCAAAUUCCAAACGUCUCGUUUCCCAAAAGUAAAAAGAAAGGCAAUAUGGUUUUAUAAAUAUUUUUGCAUGGCCACCAUAGUUUGAUUUUACAUGUUCGGACUCAUGCGGAUCCCAAAUACACAAUCCAUCCAUCCAUUUUCUACCGCUUAUUCCCUUUCGGGGUCGCGGGGGGCGCUGGCGCCUUUCUCAGCUACAAUCGGGCGGAAGGCAGGGUACACCCUGGACAAGUCGCCAUCUCAUCGCAGGGCCAACACAGAUAGACAGACAACAUUCACAAAACAGGUACAAAUACAGGGUUAUGGGUGUGGUCACCAUGAUGUCAUUUGCACAAUUUCCCAAAUUAUUUUCUUUAAAAAGCUAAAAAAUGUAUACAUUUGUUGAAAACAUUUAUUAUGAAUUACUUUGCCCUUUUUUCAAUUGUUGCUGCUUUUUAUACAAUGUACUUAUUGAAAUUUUUUUCAAGAGUUUCCAGACUUUUGAGGGGUUUUUGUUAAUUAAAAACAACUAGCAACAAA